AUGGACACGUCAGAGGCUUCUGAAGCCCUACCCACCUAUGCCGACCAUCGCACCACCGAGCUCGUGCCCGCCAUCACUGGUCCGACACCGCCUGACCUCUUCCGGAGCAGGUCUCGCGUCGACUCGCUCCUCUCUGCGGUGUCCGACGCCGAAACUGAGUCGCUGUGCAAGGAGACGCCCGCUGGCUUGACUCUGCCGCCUUCCUACCGUCGCUGCGACCCUGAAGCCCGCAUCUACGCCUUUCAACCCCCUUUCGUCUCCUCCAAACACUGCCUCGGCCACGAACCCGCAGCCCCUCGUUUCCAGCUGAGCCAGGUCAUCUCCAGCCUAGGCAAACCAUUCAAGCUCAGCCUGCGCCGCCUCACUCCCUCCGAGAGCCGCCGUAUCUCGAUCGGCGGGCCUUCAAGUCCACCUCGCCCUUCUGUACCUGCGUGGACGUCUCCAGCUGCAUCCUCAUCUUGCCUCCGCCGCGUCGUCUCGGCCGCAGCCUCAGCCCCAGACUAUGACCACGAUCUCACGCUCUACGAGGCGACCAACGUCAACGCCCUGCACCGCUUUACCCCUGUGCGGCACAACCCCGAGAUCAGAGGCUGCAAAGCCGGCACGCUGCCGGGCCACAUUGAGCUGGCGGACGUGGCGCGCUCCGGCACGUGUCGAUUUUGGCAUGUCACACCGCAGUCACAGGCGGCGCUCGACGCUGCGAGAGCGAAGAUGACGAGAUGGGGAUACAAGCCCGAUGAGGAGUGGCGCCGUCGAGUUCUCUUCAUCGUGGAAAAGAAAGGGGCUGACCUGGUGUGGCGAGACGGAGACACGGGAAGAAAGCUGGCUUCGGAGCUCGAGGGGCAGCUGGAGGUAGAGUCCGGCUUGGAGCUGUCGCUGGUCGAAGCACUGGUCGCGUGUGCUGCGUGCCGGGGAUGGAUAUUAGGCUGGUGGGAUUGGGAUCGAUGA